CCGGUCACGGCUACACGGUACAUAAUAAUAAAGAACUGGAUCAUAAUUGAUAACCAUGCAUAACCUGCAGUGACGACUUUUAUAUUAAUUUACAUAAAGCUUUAACUAUAUAUGCGAAAGUAGAAUUAAAAUUAUAAAACAUAUUGCCUUUUACUAGGAAGAUAAAUCAUCAUGCAGAUUUACAUCGAUUGUAAAAAUGUGGAAGGCGGCGUUCCGGAGUGGGCUAUAAUAGAACUGCAGGGACUCGUGCAGAUGAAAAACGAGAAUCCAACGUGCGCCACCGUCGUGGGCGACCUCCAUUACUAUAACAGAAACCGACAUCCCGUGUUAGUGCUCGGUCAUCACGUCCUGAACGGCAAGGAAGUAAAGCUCGAGCAACCCAUGGCCGUCAUACAAAAAACGAACUUGGGAGAUGAAAUUAAGUAUGAAGUGAAGGCUGUUGUUAAGAAGAAGUUAUUGUUCAAAUCUAGACCUAAACCUAUUAUUUGUAAUGUAUCUGAAAAUGUUUGAAUAAAAAUUUGUAUAUA